AAGUGGCAUCGUACACUAGAAAAACAGGGGUGGUUAGAGUUGACACUCGGGUCACGUCGCAGUCGUAAACAACAGUCGCUUGUUCAAGUUGUUCCGUGUUUUUGGUGAUUUUGCGGGGCUUAACAGCUGUGGCAUUGACCCUGCCAGUGUGGACGGGAUCGCUUGGAAUCCAGAGCAAACUGAGAAACGCUUGUAGUACACGCUGGUGGAGUUGGUGAUUGUUCUACACGAUAACAACCAUGACAACCAUGGAGGUAGAUCCAGCUGACUACGGUUACCAUGGGAACCAUCAAGGCCACGCCCACGGCAAACAUGGUGAUCACCUCCAUGAUGCUGAGAAGACCGCUGACGACUACGCCGCGGAGGCCAUGGCUGCAGACCUGGACGAGUGGAUCACGUUUGACGCUCGGAUCAAGGACCUGUCUGACCUGGACCCUUGGUUGGAUGAAUUUGCACCGUCAAAGGUCAUGAGGGAAGAUGGCAUUGGCUGGAUCUCGGUGCAUGCAGAGUCGUAUGUGGACGACCCCCUCUGUGAUGUUGUGCACCUCCAGGAAGGCUGGGAGCACUUAAAGCACUCCGGCCGGGCUGUCACCUUGGAAACAAUCACGUCCCUGGCACUGAACAACCACUGCACCACAGGGAAGUGGCUGUUCCAUAUUGAAAACGGCUUCAAAGUAGACUAUGCGUGGAGCGCUAUAGCGAGGGGUGUGGUGGAAGGGAAGCUUGGUUCCUCAGCAAAAGUUAGUCCUGCAAGCAAAACUCCUGACUCCAGCUACAGGCAUGUGGUUUGUGUGUACAACAUGAACUUCAACAACAGAGAUGAGGUCUGGCUCCUGGAGAAUGCCAUCCGCCGGGUGGGGAUCAAGUGCCCCAUGAGUUACAAGCCCGACGUCUAUACUUGCCUCGGGAUCUACCGCAAAAACAAGUGGGGCCUGAGGCCAACCAUCUACCACAGUGAUUUUGAUGUCAGCAAGGGGUGUUCAGUCAUUAAUCCCUGCUUCUAGAGGCUGGAUACAUGCAUGCAUGUACAUGUAUAAGGUUUUCUUUGCUGUAAAUUUU